GUAUGUAAAGUUUUAACAAUUAGAGAGCUUGUUUACGAACUUAUAAACAGUGAGCAAUCAUUAGCCGAUACGAAAGUAACGUGGGAUUUUGAAGAGCUUUUUCAAAAGUGUUAAAGUUAUAUCGAAAGGUGCUGACGUCUUUUAUAGUUGAAAAAAUGGCAAAGGUUUUCUUUGGACAAAUCAUACAUACUAAGUCUUUGAAUGACUUCGAGAUCUUUACAAGUGGAUUUAUUGCAGUUGAUCAGAACGGCAAAAUUGUUGGCGUUGGCAAUGAGUUCGUUUAUGAUGAAUGGUUAACGCAGCACACAAAUUUUAAAGGUGCUACUGUCGAACGACUGAGCAAUGAUCAAUUUCUUAUGCCUGGCUUUGUUGAUUGUCAUAUUCACGCACCCCAAGUAGCACAAAUCGGGCUUGGUCUAGAUAUGCCUCUUUUGGAUUGGCUGAAUACCUAUACAUUCCCAUUGGAAGCGAAAUAUGCAGACCAGAAGUUCGCGCAGAAAACCUACGCAAAAGUUGUGGAAAAUACAAUAAAGGCGGGCACCACACUUGCGUCCUAUUUCGGUACCAAUCACAAAGAGAGCACUUUAAUUUUAGCAAAAGAAGCCUUGCGCCAAGGUCAACGCGCGUUGAUUGGAAAAGUCUGUUCAAAUCAAAAUAGUCCGGAAUUUUAUGUUGAAACAACGGAUAAGUCAAUAGCUUCUACAGAGGAAUUCGUAAAAGAUAUACAAAAACUGGAGACAGAUUUGGUCAAACCCACUAUUACACCAAGAUUUGCUUUGAGUUGUACCAAAGAAUUAAUGGCCAAACUUGGAGAAAUUGCACACAAAAAUGAUUUGCAUAUACAGAGUCAUAUUAGCGAAAAUCUGUCGGAAAUUGAUUUUGUCAAGUCGCUAUAUAAUACCAGUUAUGCCGAGGCAUAUGAUAAUGCUGGAUUGCUAACACCUAAGACAGUUAUGGCACACGCUGUACAUUUGGACGAUGAGGAAAUAACGCUCUUUGGCAAACGCGGAACUUCGGUCGCUCAUUGUCCCGCCUCGAAUAACAUGUUAAGUUCAGGCUUAUGUGAUGUUCUGCGACUGAUUAAAAAUGGAAUAAAAGUCGGUUUGGGUACAGAUGUUUCGGGUGGAAACUCGAUGUCUAUACAGGAUGCUAUACUUCGUGCGCUCGAUGUUUCCCAUCACUUGGAAUUUGUGAAAAAACAAGAGAUUAAGGGAAGCGGACGCCUAGAGGUACAAGACCAAGCAUAUCAGCCUCUUAACUACAAACAAGCAAUAUUUUUGGCAACACUCGGUGGUGCUGAGGCCUUAGCUCUGAGUAAUAUCACUGGCAAUUUCGCCAUAGGAAAAUAUUUUGAUGCAUUGAUAGUCGAUACGAGCAACUAUCCGUUACACAAUUACAACGCGAGUAAUGACAACAAGUCUCCAGAUUUGAUUUUGUUGGAAAUGAUUCAGAAAUUCAUUUACGUUGGAGAUGAUCGCAAUAUUUUACGAGUAUUUGUGGCAGGGAACCAAAUAAAAAAUUAAAAAAAUAAAAUAAAAAA